UAGUGUCCCCGAGCAGUGGAACGGGCCUAAUAACGUUCGCAUUUUGGCGCCUUACUUUGGGUCUGCACUCCGUCAAACUGCAACAUCGGGGGAAAUCGAACUACUGGCAAGAUCUGGGGGGACCCGUGACUGCCUCUAGUAUGAUGUCAUACCUCAAACAGCCCCCCUACGCCAUGAACGGCCUGGGGCUAAGCGGCGCCGCCAUGGAUCUACUUCACCCGUCGGUCGGCUAUCCAGCAGCAACGCCAAGAAAACAGCGGCGUGAGAGAACAACCUUCACGCGCUCUCAGCUGGACAUUCUGGAAGCGCUCUUUGCCAAAACGCGUUACCCGGAUAUAUUUAUGCGAGAAGAAGUGGCAUUAAAAAUCAACCUACCCGAAUCCAGAGUUCAGGUGUGGUUUAAGAACCGACGGGCAAAGUGUCGUCAGCAGCAACAGAGCGGAGGUAGCAGCGCCAAAGCUCGUCCAGCGAAGAAGAAAUCCUCCCCCACACGCGAGAGCACAGGCUCGGAGAGCAGCGGCCAGUUCACUCCCCCGGCGGUCUCCAGCGCCGGCUCCUCCUCGUCCUCUUCCUCCUCUUCCUCGACCAACCACACGGGCAUCGGCAGCACGUCUACCUCCAUCAGCACCGUCUCGUCCAUCUGGAGCCCGGCGAUCUCACCCGGCUCAGCGCAGCCUGCCGCCUCGCUGCCGGAGCCUGUUCCGCCUUCCAGCGCCUCUUGCAUGCAGCGCUCGGUCUCCGGCUCUGCCGCUUCCUCCUACCCCAUGUCCUACAACCAGGCGGCGGGGUACAGCCAGGGCUACCCGGCCCCCUCCGGCUCCUACUUCGGCGGCAUGGACUGUGGCUCCUACCUGGCCCCUAUGCACUCGCACCACCACCCACCCCACCAGCUCAGCCCCAUGACGCCGUCAUCCAUGCCUACGCACCCGCACCACCAUAUCAGCCAGGCUUCUGGCCACCACCACCACCACCACCACCACCAGCCGUACAGCGGAGCCAGCCUGGCCUUCAAUUCCUCCGACUGCCUGGAUUACAAGGAGCAGACGCCUUCUUCCUGGAAAAUCAACUUCAACGCCACAGACUGUUUGGACUACAAAGACCAGACGUCCUGGAGGUUCCAAGUCUUGUGAUCUUCUGGUGGUGGUGCCUUUUUUUUUUUUUUUCUCCUUUUUUUUCUUCUUCUUCCCCCUUUCUGCACAUUUGUCACCACCAACACUCCACACGUUCCUUACUGUUUUAUAGUGUGCUGAGUUUAUAAAUAUAUAUAAAUAUAUAUAUAUGGAAAAAGACAAGUUAUACGAACUUACAGAGUUAACAAAAUAGUUAGAUGUUCAUCAAUGUUUUCUAAAGGGAAGGAAAAGAUCCCCUUCAUUUUAAUUUUCAGACAACGAGCAAGAACAAAAGGCAAAUCAAAACAAGCCCUUUUUGACGAUGAAAAAAUGACAGAAGAUACAGAAUGCUGGACGAUCUUAGUGUUUUUAAUCAAACUGAAGUUGUC